AUGAUCAAGCCUAGCUUUAACCCAAUGAUUGGUCCUUCGACAUGGGUCUUGGUGAAUAUGGGCGCCCGAUUCUCUCCUUGUAUGCACAACAUCGACGCUAUCCAGGGGUCCACGGAAGUGAUCGGCUGGCCUUGUCCUAGCUCUACCGAUGAGACGAGCACGUGUACGCUCUCCGAUUUAUGCGGCUUUGGCGGCGUUCCCGAACCCGACUACAAUGGUAACAAGGACCAGAGCCCCGAGCCGAACCAGUGGUUCCGUUUCAUUACGCCCAUUUUCAUGCAUGCAGGACUCAUCCACAUUGGGUUCAACAUGCUUCUUCAGAUGACUAUUGGCAAAGAAAUGGAAAAGGCGAUUGGUUCUUUGCGGUUCGUCCUCGUGUAUAUGAGUGCCGGCAUCUUUGGUUGUGUUAUGGGCGGAAACUACGCAGCGGAGGGACUGCCAUCCACUGGUGCGUCUGGUGCGCUCUUUGGCGUCAUCGCCCUCCUUCUUCUCGACCUGUUGUACUCUUGGCAAGAGCGCCGAAACCCUGUCAAGGAUCUCUUGUUUGUCCUCCUCGAUGUUGUCAUAUCCUUCGUUCUUGGCCUUCUGCCUGGCCUGGACAAUUUUGCCCAUAUUGGCGGUUUCGUCAUGGGACUGGGUCUUGGCAUUUGUGUGCUUCAUUCACCCAACGCCCUGCGACGCCGCCUGGGCCAAGAAACCUCCUACAGCGCGGUCCGUGACGGUGCCGUUGAAGGACCUUCUUUCUUCAAGAGCCCCGCAGCUUUUUUCAAAGGGCGCAAACCCUUGUGGUGGGCUUGGUGGAUGGUACGUGCCGCCUGUCUGAUCAGUGUGACGGUUGCCUUCAUCGUCCUCCUCAACAACUUUUAUGUCUACCGCAACACUUGCAGCUGGUGCAAGUUCUUGAGCUGCUUGCCCAUUAAAAAUUGGUGUGAGAUUGGCGACAUCCAAAUCACUAGGACCGAGGCCGAAACAUCGAAGCGAGCUCUGGCCGAAGUAUUUGCGCGAGUUUUAUAA